UGUCUGAAACCAACUUCUUAGGAAUAUAUUAUUUUUGCACACUGUAGGAUGCCUUAUGGAAUUCAGUGAUGUGCUUUCUGAAUAACUUACUGUCAAACCUACCUGAAGGCCACAACAGGAUGGUGUUAAUAUUUUCUUUAAAUUGUAUGGCCACAGUAGUCUUUAGAGACAUUACAAUAGAAUAGACUCAUCAGGUCUGACGCUCAGCCUGUCAGUAUCUCGUUUUUAAUAGACACUACUCCUUUUCAACGUGCACUUUUGUCUACCCCCUCUGUGCGCGAGCUUCGUAUACUCCUCGCGCUUGCGCACGCCACCGCGUCGCAGAAGGAAUACGACGCGAGCAGAUUCGCGAGCUCGCCUUGUUUUUGACCGUGCGGAGACAGCGUACAAAAUAUCCACGGGAAAAAAAGCAAAGUUGAGACAAAUACAUCUUUAGCGAGGCCAUUUGAAGUUCAUAUCCGGCGAAUCAAGACUGUAGGCAGCGCAUAUAUAUGGGAAUACGAACAUGGUGUAAAGAUGUUUACAUGACCGGAGGCUACGAGGUGGGCAUGCAAUAAGGAAGUCUACCACGCCAGACCCCUGCCCCUCGGAGAAAGAAGAGCGUAUGUGAGUGUGCGUGUGUGUCUAUGCGCGUAUGCGUAUGCGAUAUUAUUUCUUCAGUGACGGAUUGGGUUGCUAAAGCGGACUAGCAAUAAGACAUUCCGAAGAUGCUGAAGAGGUGGUCCGCAGCAACGCCAUGCAGCAGCUCUCUCUCCGCCGUCAUGCUCAUCCUCGUCUUGCCAAGGUGCAUGCUCUCAGUCCGUGCCGACAAAAACCUGGUGAGCAAAGAGGACUACUACAGUGCCACGGUGAACGCCACAGUCUUGGACCUCAAAGGCAACCCUAAACAAAUGCUCACGAAGGACGACGGGAGGUACGGGCAGAAUUCCCCAAAAACGGAAGCCAAGGGAAUCGUGAUAGCACCUGCGCCGGUGAAUGGAGUGGUGGACCUGCAGGGAUGCUGUCAGAACACGCGCUUCGUGGUGCCUCCUCGCACCAGCCAGUGGGUGGCGCUGCUCCAGCGGGGCAAGUGCACCUUCAAGGAGAAGAUCCUCAAGGCGGCUGCCUUCAACGCCUCGGCUGUCCUCAUCUACAACAACAGCUCCAAAGAGGACACCGUCACCAUGGCCCACGAAGGCACGGGUGACACGGUGGCGGUGAUGAUCACCGAGUCGUACGGCAAGGAGCUGCUGUCGCUGCUGGACCGCAACCUGACCGUGCUGGUGUCGGUGACGGUGGGCUCGCGCGGGCCGCCCAAGAACAUCAACCGCGGCUCGCUCGUCUUCGUCUCCAUCUCCUUCAUCGUGCUCAUGAUCAUCUCGUCCGCCUGGCUCAUCUUCUACUUCAUACAGAAGAUCCGCGACACCAACGCGCGCGACCGCAGCCAGCAGAGGCGUCUGGGAGAUGCGGCCAAGAAGGCCAUCGGGAAGCUGACCACCAGGACUGUGAAGAGAGGAGACAAGGAGACCGACCCGGACUUCAACCACUGCGCUGUGUGCAUUGAGGGCUACCAGCUUAAUGACGUGGUCCGCAUCCUGCCCUGCAAGCACGUCUUCCAUAAGAUGUGUGUGGACCCUUGGCUGAACGAGCACUGCACUUGCCCCAUGUGCAAACUCAACAUCCUCAAAGCCCUGGGCAUCAUGCCCAACCUGCCUUGCGUGGACAACGUGGCGUUUGACAUGGAUCGGAUACCGCGCAGCCAGACCUCCAGCCAGCGGACGGCGCUGGUGGACCUGUCCAGCGAGACCACCAUCAGCCUGGAGCCGCUGCGCCACUCCGGCACCUCGCAGGUCUCCACCGACGGAGAGGUCACCCCGCGCACCGGAGAGAUCAACAUCGCUGUUACCAGUGGACAUUUUUUCAACCGAAAUUCUCUGUCACCACGAAAUGUCGUUUGUGAGAUGGAGCUUCCUGAUAUUCAGGCCUCCCUGGACCUGUACGACGAGAACAAGUCGUGAGAUUCAGCCUGGUUCCCCAGCCCUUCACGAUGCCCCGAGACCACCUCGAUCCCAACCCACCCCCUGCCACCGUACCUCUUCAGUUCAUCCCUGCAUCCCCCCGUCUGGUGAUGAGGCCUCGUUUGGAAACAGACAAGUGACAAUGGCGGCGGAGUCGCCUCAUCACACCUGUGAAAGGAUGACAAAGAAAAACCCAACACCGACAACAGCAAACUCCAACUUUCUAAGAGUGCAGAAUGUAACUGCUGAGACCAUGAGGUGGUUUGGGGCUGGUUUUGUUCACCUGAACGGGAUUCAGCCUUGCCAAGCACACUCAAAACUCCUCUACACACAACAUAGCCGAAGAUUUUUCGACCUCUCUUCCUCUCUAGAAUACUUUUUCUUUGAUUGCAAAAGACUUGUUUUCUGUAUUCUGUUCCUAGGUGAGGGUACUGUUGAAAGUGACCUUCGAGUUCCUCUUGCUCUAGUGCAUACAUCAGUUCCAAAAACAAAAUGAAACAAAAUCAGCUCUUGGAUUUUUUUUGUGUGUUUAAAGCUUCUUGCCUACGUGUACAUUAGUAAUUGAUUGUCCGCUCUCUCUCUCUCUCUCUGUCUAUCCCUCUCUCUCUCUCUUUCUCUCUCCCUCUCCUUCCUUCUCACUCUGUCUAAAAAGAAGCUCUUUGUUUUUAACUGAUGGCAGUGUUAAGAAAAAAAGAUGCAAAAAAAGCAGACUGAGACUGUGUCUAUGGGCCAGCUGGCUGUAUUGUAUUUUGUGUGAUGGUGAUGACGGGGGGCCUUGCCAAGUUGACUCGUGUGUGUGCACUUGGCCAACCUCUCUCCACUCUCUCUAUUCUACUCAUUUUUCGAGAUGGAUGGAGGGGAACAGGGACAUCACCAAUAACUAGAAAUCAGCAUUUGGGACUCUGAACAAACAGCAUUACCCCCCUCCCCCUUAGCAACAUCAGUGUUUCUCUGUAUAUAUAUAUAUAUAAAGAAAAGCAUUUUAAAUGUGUAUUUAAAGAGAUGCUAAUGAAAUACCCUCAGCGAGUACGAAUCUCCAGUGUGUCUCCUAUAUGGGGACUUAGUAUAUAUAUAUACGGUAUUUGCAUAUAUACAUAUAUAUGUAUGACUAUAUAUCUCAAGUGGCCUCUACGCGCUGUUUGUCCUUCUCGUCGUUCCCGGAGAAUGGGGUGGAAGGGAGUCCUCUGUUCCAUGCUGUCUCUUUGUGUUCCUGUCUUUGUAUCUGAUUUUGGGAUGAACUUGUGACCUGCUCAACAUCGGUCAUGGUUGUGGGCUAAACGUGUUACAUACUGCCUCAGCAUUAAACUUCUUAUAAUUGCCUA